CUCACUACUACGCCAGAACUAAAUCAUUAAUGGGCCGAAUAAAAUUUCUUAAUUUAAACGUUUUUAGUAAGCGAAAGAUUAGACUUUUUACGGGCCACUGAGCUUUUUGUAUAUUAUGUACAGUAGAAUAAAGAAAUUAACAGAGCAGUUUGUUUCUAUUUUUCCUGCCUCUAUUGUUUUUGCACAACAGACCUUUUAAAGUGCUUUAAAUAUUCAGCAGACUGUAAGUUAUUUGUUUGUUGGAGUAGGGGGUGGAGGGGCAGAAAGCAAACCUCUCUGCGUGAGCAAUUGGAGAGAUAUGCGUCACGACUCUCUCCGCUCUCUCCGGCAAUGGAGACUUACUGCCGGACGGAGCGGUCUUUUCCGUGGCGUAAAAUGGGCGGCGAAGAGUUGACAAUCGUCAGUCGAUAGCAAAACAUGAGAGAGUGCUCAUCGCGCAACAAUACACGUCUACUUAGUGUGGUAAUCGUAAUCGAUCAACGUCUCAGAAUCGACACUUGUCGAUAUUUAAUCGAGAUCCUAUCUCGCCGCAUAACAGGCGAUUAACGAUAGUUGGUUAGACCUGUUCCCACAUCUAUGGAGUUUCAUCUAGACAGUGCAGAAUACUGCCAGGCACAGCACAAAUAAAAAGUAAGCAAUCCUACAAAAAGGCGGAGAAAGCCUGUGUGAACACGGAAGUCGACAUCAAUACGUGGUGUGGAUACGAUCAGCAUUAUACCGUAUACGGAUCAGCUGACAUCGCGACAGCAGCGGCCCAAUUAGCCAAAGACUGUCAAUCUAUGAGAGAGAACGAAGAAAACUAAAUUUAAAGCAUCGCGGUGAUCACAACUAAUAUCACAGCAAGGAAAUAUUUAAAUUUUUAUCAACGAAACCUAGAAAAAGUUGUAAUAUUUUCGAAAACAAAACGGAAACUGAGCCCAAAUCAUUUUUGUUAGCUUAAAAUACGUGUGACACUUACGGG